GUCAGCGGUGUAUCCAGGUGAUCUUCAGUUCGGGACGAACCAACAUGGGGAAGCUGGAGGCGCUGAGGAUCGUGUUUGAGCAGAAUAAGGACGUGUACAGUCCGGGAGACGCCAUCUCCGGGACGGUGACGGUGAAAGUCAACCAGCCGCUGCAGUGCAAAGCGAUCAAAGUGAACUGCAACGGUUUCUGUGGCGUCACCAACAAGGUCAACGACACGUCCUGGACGGUGGAGGAGCAGUACUUCAACAGCUCCAUCGCUGUUGCAGACAAAGGAACCCUGGCACAGGGAGAUCACACGUUUCCCUUCAGGUUCCUCAUUCCAGCCACAGCUCCGACAUCCUUCGAAGGCAGCUACGGGAGGAUCGUUUACAGAGUGAGGGCUUUUAUCGACACGCCACGGUUUUCCAAGGACUACAGCACCGAGAAACCGUUCUACCUGCUCCGACUUCUGAACCUGAACGAGCUGCCGGACAUAUGGGGAAGCUGCUCGUCAGCGAUAACCCAGCAGUUCACCUACAUGCUGAUGAAAACGGGCACCGUGGUGCUGAAGGCCCAAACAGACAUGAAGGGUUACACCCCGGGUCAGGUCAUCCAGGUGACGGCCAGCAUCCAGAACCAGUCUGGGAAGACCACGGGGAACAUAGCAGCCAGCCUGGUGCAGAGAGUGACCUAUGAGACCAAGAAGCCCACACAUGAUGUGAGGACCAUCGCGGAGGUGGAGGGGGGGACGGUGAAGGCUGGGAAGGAGGUGGAGUGGAAGGAGCAGAUCAUCAUUCCUUCCCUUCCCCAGUCGUCCCUCGUCGGCUGCGAUCUUAUAAAGAUCGAAUACUACGUUAAAGUGUGUCUGAAGUCACCUGACGUCAUGUUGAUGCUACCCGUCCAGAUCGGGAACAUCUCACUGGACAAAAAACGCCGUCCCACCAAGAAAUCGUCUCCUCCUUCCACCGAAGAUGCACCGGCUUCCGUCUCCACACCGGACACCUCCGCCUCUUCCUCCUCACCCUCUCUGCCCCCUCGCCCCGCCCCCAAACCUGCUCCCCGGCUCACUCCUCGCUCCAGAAGCUCCGCCCACAACUCCCCCAGCGCUCCUCCUGCUGAGUACCACCCUGGAGCAGAAGGUGGGGCCCCCAUGAACGAAGACUUCUCCAGUAAGCGCCAGUCCCAGCUGGUUUCACCCAACGCCUUCAGCUACGCCCCGGGUCUGUUUUUUGGCCAGAACCAGCAGCCCGCCGGGCCUUCUGCAGCCCCGACCGGGUCGGUGGGGGCUGCAGCUCUUUACCCCUCUCUAACCGGCUCCAUGGAGACGCCGCUCAUCCCGCCUCCAGACUACAGCUGCUCAAAUUAUCCACAAGAGGCUCCGCCUACUUACAACGAGAGCUGCAACACAUGAAGCCGACGACGAGGCGGAAACGGGGAUGGCGAUUGGCUCAUGAAGUUUUUUAUUUUUUUCUUUGUUUUUAAAGAAAAGGCUGGAGUGAAGAGGAGGCUGUGCACCUUUCAGGUGCUUUUCCAGAGUUCGGUCAUUUUAAAAUCCAAGAAUCCAAGAAUCCAGCAGGGAUUUGGUUUUUAUAUCUUUUAGGCUGUUGCUCCCAGAUUUUCUGUUUGAGGAUUGUAACUUUAAGUGAACUGAGCCACAGCCAAACACGAGUCUUUAAAUCAAGUUAUUUUUGCACUUUGAAACUAAAAACAUGGAGAUGACUUUUUCUUAGUCGAGUCACAUUUUUGUUAUUUAGAAAUCUUCAGAUGGCAUCUGUGAUGUCAUGUUUUAUGUCUGAAAAUCAGGGAGAAACGAGCUCAUCUGGAGUUUAAUCUGAUUUCUGUACAAGUUAAACCAGAAAAUCUUCUUUUGUUAGCGUACAGCUGUGGGGGGACGUGACGUCUUGUUGGGUUCAGUCUCAACAUUUCUGCUGGUGAUUGCUGCAGGUUGGAUGUAAAUGUUGUUGUUGGCUCUUUUCCUUCCUCUGCUGAUUUUGUUGGUUCUCUACAUGAAAACCUUCCAGACAUCUGUGUCUGUCUGUAAGUGGCUGCACAGUGAUGCAGUUUCACUGUGAUUUGAGCUUUUAAUCUUUUACUCAUCUUUAGUUUUGUUAAAUCCAUCAAACGACUUUAAUUUAUUGUUCUGAAUGUUUUCCAGCUGAUGUUUGUAGUCCAAUAAAUCUGUUAAAAA